CAACUGGGCAUGGGGAUGAUGGGGGGGGUCCUUAUCGCAGUGACAGCGUGAAGAGCGUGGUGACAGAGGGAGUGAAGGCCGGGAGGUGGCAGACCGUCCAGGGCCACAUGCAGUCUGGAGGAUUGAGACCCAGCAAGUGAGUUCAGAACAAGGCAAUUAAACAAAACGAACACUUCAGUCUCUGUGCAGCAAAAUAAACACUGUAUUUCUAUGCAUGUGCCAUUCUUAUGAGUUUAUUGCAUCUGCAACGACUACAAUUAGAUGGACAAAUCAGUUCUGAGUAGAAGCAGUGAGAGUUAUGUCCAGUUAGGCAGGUAGGAAGGUCCAGUUCAGGUAAGAAGGUGGACGUGUGGGCACAAAUCAAAAUGUGAGCUCUGGGGAAAGGUGAAUUCUCGUCAUCAUCAUGAGAAGAUAACUAUAGUUACUGGAGCUGUAACACUGGGACUCAAACCUUCAGCCGAGACAGCCGGACCAGCUGCAUAGCACAGCCUCCUGUAUGAAGCCGCAGGCGAAUAUGAUUUAUUUAUGCGAAGAAGUGCACAGCCUGCGAGUGUACUUUCAACAGUGCAACACAGAAAUAGUCUCAUUUUCACACACUGACUGAAAUAACGCGACACAUGCUGCCAGCCCGUCUCUUAAUUAAGAAUUAGACUGAAAUGUACAUGUUGAUCACUGACUGCAUGUAUCCAACAGCCAUGACGUAUGGCAUGAUUUACAGUAGGGCUGAGUUUUAUAUUCAGCGUGUUGGAAAUGCGAUUUUUAUUUUGCACCUUCCUUUGGCACCUCGUGUCUGUGAUUUCUUCCUCCGCACACAUUUACACUCAUCACUACCUCACUCCUCAUUCCCUCAUUCUGUCCUCUUCUCAUCUUUCUUUUUGCCCCCUGUCUAUAAUUGGAUUCUAUUUUCAGGCUGCUAUAAGUGUCUGUGUCUCUUGUGUUUGUGUCUCGCACCCCAUUUUCUGUCUCUCCUCCAUCAUCACCCUCUGUUCUUAUAGUUCCCAUCACUCUCUCCAUCUUUCUGUUGCUGUGUAAAGCCACUCUUCCCUUUCUUCUGCUUUGCCCACAAACUGUUUCGUUUCUGCAAAACCUUCCAUUAACCUUUUUAUCUGUUCGUUUCUGACAGUUGAAUAUGAUGGAUAGCACACUAAAAGCCUUAAUGCAAAAUUGCAUUAGGUGAAGUAAUGCAAAGCAGAGUAAACUGCACCUAACUGAUGUGAGAAGCUCUCUCAUGACCUAAUUCUGGUAGUCUAGGUUACACAGCGAUUUGAGAGAGAGGAGGAUAUAUUUAGGAAGUAGAAAAUAUAUGAAAAAAUGAUGCAGGAUAUUGUUGAACUCACAAAACACAGAAAUAAAGACUGCAUGAUUCAGUGAAAUAGGAUGUGUCACACACCUUCAUGAUGACAUUACUACUGAAACAUUUUUUUAAAGGCAAUGAGCCAAUAAAACAGCAUUUAUAAAGGGGAGGAGUGGAAAAUGAGAGGGUGACAGAGGGAGGGAGUCCGACUGUACGACAUGGUUGGCUGUCGGGAUGUCUCUAGAGUAGCAGCAUGUAUUUAAAAGACGAAAAAGACUUCGAGAGAAAGGAAGGGAGGCUAUCAGACAUGGGAAAAGUUGACUGACGAGUAGAGGAAAUGGGGAUCUCUCAUCAGACCAAAAAACCCUCAUCAGGAAGGCCUGGGAGCUGCAAAACCUCCAUCCACACACUUCGUCACGUGGCGCAUAAACGCACCACGCUCAUGCGGACAGUGCACAUCCGACCACUGCCCGUGCGAAACACAGCCCCGCGCCGACAGACCACGCAGGCACGCAAGGCGCAUGCACAUCUGACGCAGACACACAGGGCAGGCUCGCAGUCUGCACACUGCUGCCCGCCGCCGCCCCACGAGCAUCACACAGCACACAGCGACUCUGGCUGCACCGUCUACUGCUAUUUCUGCUACUGCUGUUACUGCUGCUGCCUCACAUUGCUGUCUUUCUCUCUCCUCCUCCUCCUGUCUCCUGCUCCUCCCUCUACCUCCUUCUCCACUUUGUCCUCAAAUACCACCCUUCCUCCUUCCUCCUCCUCCCCCUUGAAAUCAUCAACUUCCUAUUGGGAUAAACUUUCCUGUAUCUAUCCUGAUGUCAACCUGACUUCCUCUGCUGUGUCUCCCUACUGCCCUGUGCCACCGUGUCUCAUCUCUGAUGUUUCUUUCCCUCUCUUCUUCGUCUCGACUACUGUCGUCACCACUUCUGACCAACCUACCUCCUCCUGCCACGGCUGCUCUCCUCCAUUCUUCUCUCCUUCUACUUCCUCUUCCGUGACCUCUGACUCCUUCUCCCCUCCUCAUCAUCCUAUCCUAUGCCGGCCGUGGCCUUCUUCACGCUCUCUUUCCUCCCUGCUCCUCUGCCCUCCCAGCUUUGGGGACCCAGUCUUGUCCUAUGCUUCCACCCUGGAGCACAUCCCCUGUGGUCCUGCCCGGCCUCGGACGCUCUUGCGCCAGCAGAGUCUUCAGCAGCCUCUCAUCCACCCACCAGGCCCGGCCCUCGGCCAUCCUCCCACCACAUCCCAGAGCUUGGGACAAUUGCACACUGCACCUGGGCAGCCUGGGGGAGGCGGGGGUGCUGGGAGAGGAGAGGGAGGUGGCAGUGGUGGUGAGGGUGGGGGUGCAGGUACAAGAGGUGGUCCCCGGGGUGCACGGGGCAGCCCAGCAGGAGCAGGUGCCUCUCGCUAUAGGGGAGGUGGAGCAGCAGGGCACACACGUGGCAGUCCUGGCAGCUGGGAUUACAUGAUGGACCAGGUGAAGAAUCGUGGCCUGGAUGUAAAGUCCUUCCUUGAGGGGAAGAUGGUGGUCCUGGCUUUGGCCAUUGGUGUGGCCGAGCAAGAUGACUUUGCCAAUAUCCCUGACCUGCAGGAAACAGCGCAGGCAGCACCACCAGCCAAUCAGGAGCCCCCUCCUGAGAAGAGGGGCAACAAACCAGCCAACAGCCCCAAAGGCCAGCCCCCUGAUGGUGACGGUCACUCCUCUGUAACUGACCUGGCCAAUUCUCUCACCGGAGACAUGGUGAUGUUGUCUCCAGGUUCCGAGGAUGAUGAUGGCGAAGGCCCCAUCAGUGAGAAGCUGGGCCGGAUCCAGUUCAGCAUAGGUUACAGCUUCCAGAACACGACUCUCACUGUCAAAGUUCUCAGGGGCCAGGAACUGCCAGCCAAAGACUUCUCUGGCACCUCCGACCCCUUCGUCAAGAUCUACCUGCUGCCUGACAAGAAGCACAAGCUGGAAACCAAGGUCAAGAGGAAAAACCUCAACCCCCACUGGAACGAAACCUUCCUUUUUGAAGGUUUCCCCUAUGAGAAGGUUAGAGAGCGCACUCUUUACCUCCAGGUGUUGGACUACGACCGCUUCAGCAGGAAUGACCCCAUUGGAGAGGUGUCAAUCCCCCUUAACAAGGUGGAACUUGGCCAGAUAAAGACCUUCUGGAAGGAACUCAAGCCCUGCAGUGAUGGCAGUGGGAGGCGAGGAGACCUGCUGGUGUCUCUCUGCUAUAAUCCCACUGCCAACACCAUCACUGUGAACAUCAUCAAAGCCCGCAAUCUCAAAGCCAUGGAUAUCGGCGGCACCUCAGAUCCAUAUGUGAAGGUGUGGCUGAUGCACAAGGACAAGCGCGUAGAGAAGAAGAAGACGGUGACGAUGAAGCGCUGUCUGAACCCCAUCUUCAACGAGUCCUUCCCCUUCGACGUGCCCGCCCAUGUGUUGAGGGAGACCACCAUCAUCAUCACCGUCAUGGAUAAGGACAGGCUCAGCCGCAACGACGUUAUUGGCAAGAUCUACCUAUCAUGGAAGAGUGGACCAGCGGAGGUGAAGCACUGGAAAGACAUGCUUGCUCGGCCGCGUACUAACGUCGCCCAGUGGCACGCUCUCAAGGCCUGAUUGCGACGCCCCAGCUUCUUCCAUGCCCCCCCCACCCCCCACCCCCCACCCCGUCCUCCUCCUCCUCCUCCUCCUCCCACUCCCGUCCUUAGGCACAAGACUGACUUGCUGCCAGGCUGCGAAACACGGGUACAAUUAGCCAUCUGCUCUCUUAAACCUUUAAACUCUUUGCUUUCAAAAUCUCUAUUCCUCUCCGACGAUUCUCUCUUCAUCUGUUCCCUCCUCUCAUAAGAGCCGUGUCUUGGUUUCUACGUCUCCCCCCUCUCGCCAAUGGUCCCCCUGUUUCCGUCUGUCUGUAUGUCCGUCUGUCCUUAUGCACUUAGCCUGUGUAGGUCCGAUGUUCAGUUUCUUUGUCAACCCCUUGGUUCUGAACUGCACUGCUGUCCCUGACCCGUUUAAGGUGCCAGUCCCGCGGGAUCACAGAGAAUCUUAAAUAACGAUCAAAUCUCAUUUAAUCCUAUUCUACUGACUAUUCCAGGUACACAAUGCUAUACAGUAUGUACUGUAUGUACAUAUACAUAUACAUAUUGAUAUAUAAGGUGUAUAGUAUAGAUUGGCAGAGCUCCCCCUAUACACAUGACUAGUAUACAGUAUGUAAUCCAUAGCCUGUCAGCUGUCUCCAUCUCUCCUCUCCCUUCAUCUGUCACCCCGUCCUUGUCAUUUGUCUCAAGUGGACUAUAUCCUGUCCUCCAUUUCAUCCCUCCUUCCUUUUGCUCAAAAGUGGUUUAAUGUUCAGCUGAAGUUGUCAAAAGCAAUCAAUACUCAGUUUGUGAUGAAACCAGCUGAACUCUGAUGGAAUUGUUGAUACUUCUCCCUUUCGCUCUCUCUCUCUUCCCUUUUUCCUUCUCUCAAAGCUUCUUCUUCCCUUUUUUCCCCUUAUUGUUCCCUCUUUCUCUUCCUCUGGCACAAUAUUAGUGAACCCCUCCUCACCCCUUUUGGACCCCCUCCUUGUCGUCUGUGUGCUGUGGGUGCUGUGCUGUAGCUCCAACAAAAAUAGAGAUUUAAAAAAAGAAGAAAAAAAACUUAUCUAAACUGAACUUUCCAAUGUUUGGAAGGCGGUAACACUAUAGACUUAUGAAAUGGAUCGCUCCUGAUUUUUCCAGACAAAAUGUCCUGACAUGGAGAGAGAAAAAAGAAGAUGAUGAUGAAAAAAAAAAAGUACCCAAGAUACGAUGAUGUCAUUUUCACAGCAUCACCAACUGAGGAAACCAAUUUAAGAUCUUCUUCCAAUGUUAAGAUCAAAACAGAAGCAGAAAGCAAAGUUUGUGCUGUUGGUGCACAUGCAUUUGGUUGUGUGUGCUCACUUCUGUCUGUUUAUCGAUGCUAUGAAUUCUUUGUGCUGCCCUGUGCUCAUGUUUUGUGCUGAUGGGGGUCGAACUCGCACGGUUUUUGACUUGUAUGGUGUUUUGCCUUACUGUGUGUGUGUGUGUGUGUGUGUGUGUGUGUGUGUGUGUGUGUGUGUGGGCGUGUGGGCGUGCGUGUGGGGGGGGUGUUCACAGGAGCAACACAAUUCUGGCUCAGCAGAAAUCUUCUUCUCUUUUCUCUUUCUCAUCUUGCGCUCUUCUUGCUCUUCUUACUGCCAUUGUUUCCCUAAUCUCUUUUACUGCCCUGCCUUCUAAAUGAGGGGAAGUUCUAUCUGCACUUUUUGAAAAUGUAAUAACAAUAAUAAUGAUGAUGAUGAUGAUGAUGACAGUUUUGAUGAUGAUUAUAGUACUGGUGGAAAUGAAGGGUGGAGUAUCUGAAAGGGUGCGCAGCAGUUGGGGAGAGGCGACGUCUGCUCUGUGAUUUCAGGGUUUGGAAAUGAAGUGGAGGACACAGAGGAUGGAUGUAGGGCUCUCAUCCUCCUCUUUUUGUUCCUCUUAUUGUCCUCGAUACGCCUGUUUGUGUGUGUGUGUGUGUGUGUGUGUGUGUGGGGUGGGGUUCCUGUGAGCUUGCAUGCGCCUGGCGGCAAGCUUACUAGUGUCUGAGAUGCUUCUGUCCACGAUGUCCAUGAUGCUGAACAAUAUGUUCAUAUGUGGAUGCAUUAGGACAGAUUUGCAUUUUGGCUUUAGAAAAACAAGAUCGCAAUGCCCUCUCUGAGUUUUUGUUGUUGUUGUUCAUAGAAACUAUGAACAACUGUGAAAUCACAGACAGUGGGUGUGAUAUUAGAUCAUGGUCUGUUCUGCCACUGUGAGACACUGCCUGAGUGUUUGAGAGCACCAGAGUGCGCUGGUACUGGUGCCCUGCUUGUCGUAAAUAAAAUAUGAAACGUGAGAACAUGACCAUGAGAAAGCAGCAACGUGAAUAUUGUCAGCUAUUGAGAGCUUCUCACACGGAUGUUUGCUCUUAUUUAGUGUACUCUAACUGUCAGCCUUUGUUUUAACAUUCAUAAAGACACGGGAAGAACAAUCCUGUCUGCUAGUCAUUCCUUUUUUUUCUCACUGCAGUGGCUUUGUUUUAUUUCUAAAAUGAGGAUCUACCUUUCAAACAUCUCUCAGGAUAGACUGAGCACGCAGACAUAAUCAGUUGUUGGUUGUUCGGUUGAGGCAUCACUGCCUCUGUUAAUGCAGUGUUUGUUGUUCCCACUAACGCUGGCCCCAUUAACUUCUAUGCCUGUUGGUCCUGCAGUGGAUUUUUAUCUUAGCAAUGAUUUGAUAGCAUCUUGUGUUUUCGUGCUCCUUCUGAUUUAUGCUAAUGAUAACCCGAUCACCAGGAAGCAAAUUGAAAGAUAGCAUAAUUGCAGUCUAAUCUUCACAAGGUUAGUCCUCAUCAGUGUCUCAGUAAGUCUGGGCAGCACACAGUGUGCUGGGAGUGUGUUCUGGGCAUGUGUGCUUCGUGUGAGCCUCGGCGCUGGCUGCUGUGAUGCACUGAUCCAGUCCAGCAGCCUUCAGAACAAUUGGCCGGCCAUGGAACAGGGCCCACUGUUGUGACAGUCACUGCCUGCAGUGUCACAGCACAUUACUGUACCAUUAGCUGGUCAGAAAGGAGCAAUAUAAACUUCCUUGGACCUGAGGGACUCACUGUUUGCAGGGGUAAUGCAAAACACGCAGUGCUCUCAUUAGUAACGAUGAAGAUGACGGGCAGGGAUAAGGGGCAGUCAACACGAAGAAAAUAAUCAGGGGGGCGAUCGCUGCUGAAGCUGUGAAAACCAAACCUGGUUUGAAUAUGCAGGUGUGCGGCGGAUGAGUCAACACAUUACCUCUGCCGUCUCCUUUCACUAAGAUUACCCCCGUCUCAAGGAGUGAUAAAUUGUUAUGCUACUGGGGUUUACAGUGCUUCGUCAUCAGUGACCCUGUAAGCUGGGGGAUAUGGUUUUAUUUUUAGUAGCACGAGACACAGUGCGAUGCCACUGAUCCUCGAGGUAGACCGGGGGCUGGACGGCUACAGGGUUGCAAAUCCUUAGCAUAAUGUUUUUCUAUUCUUAAAAGUUCCAGAUUCCUGGAUUUGUCUAAAUUAAAGAGACUACAUGACUAGUCAUUCUGAAGUUCAUAAUUAUUCUAUCCCCUCUAGAAAUAGCAACACAUUCUAUCAAAAGUGAUUGUAUUACUGCCAAUACUUCCAUCAGACUCACAUUCAAAGUCAUGCGUCAGGAAACACAGUGAAUCAGAGAGGCGGGUAAUUCAUCACAGAGUCCACAAAGGUUCCUACUCCUUAAAAUAACCAGCAGUCAGACGGCAGCACCAUUAAAAUGGAUGGUAAGCUCAGAGCCAAACAGUAUAAAAGGAGAAAGCAAUUUCCAAAUCCCAGUUUUAUUAUACUGCCACCUGUCCCACACCUCUAAACUUAUUUCGUUUUGUUGGCAGCAACACUGUCAGCAAUGACCUUCAACAAUGGAGAGCGCAUGAAUACAGCAUGGCGGUGUUGCAGCUCCUCCCAUUUAAGACUGUUCUUCGGACCAACUCCGCUCAGUGCACUCCCUCUCCGCGUUCAGCCUCAUCUCCGUCCUCCAUCAUCGCUCCGUUCCCUGGUGAAGCCAACUGGUCGGCGCAGGUGUGGGUUUAAUUACUGUUUAAUAACUUCGGUUUAAUUCACGGUGACAGACGCAGCAAACACUGCCCAAAUCUUUGCCACUGAAUAAAGGCCCUUACAACUGUUUUUUCAGUUGUGUAAAUGAAUAUUUUACACAGCAUAUGUAAAAAAACUAAACUAAACCAGAGACUUUAAAACAGCAGUUCACAAACCAGUGGGUGUUGUCACAGUAGGUUGCCACUUGGUUUAAAACCAAUUAGCCAACAUUAGCAUGCCAAUAGACUAAACUAAGAUAUUGAAUGUGGUAAACGUUUUACCUGCUAAUCAAGACAAACUAUGUCGUACAUGUUCUCUAAUAUGACCAAAUCUCCCGUCUUAAAUUAGCACCUCUACCGGUCAAAGGAGGUACGCCACAAAUACUAUUCGCCUCAUUGUGGGGUUUUAUUUGAUUUGCCAACGCGUGGUUGAUGAGCCUGUAACCGGUUAGGAUUAGGGUAAAGGUGAAAUGGCAGAGAAUCAGCUCGAUUACUGCACAGAAUAUGAGCAAAUCCAUUGAAAUACACAAACUUGACGGACUUACCAGGUCCACGGUUGUCUACUGCUGACCUCUAGUGGCCGUGUACAUAACGACCGCUAGAAGCCUGCGGCCUUUAAAAUGACUUCCGCUUGAAAAACGGUUAGCUCAACGCACUGCUACUAGUGUGGCUAUAGACUCUUUGACUUGUUAUAAAUGUGUAUUGCUGGACAUAGUGAAGCAAAAGUUCCAUCUUCUGGACUCCCAUCAUCUCUGAGAGGUUGAUCCUCGGGUCUGUUCCCCCAAAUGUAUCAUUGUCACCAGCAGCAUUCCCUCCUCUGUUUACUUUCUAAAUGACUGAGAGCUUUAUUGGCUGACCAGGUCACACCUGUUUGCCAAGGGAUAAGCAAAGAUAUUCCUCUGAGCCUGAUUAUAUUGUGUGUCCUUGUCGUUCUCUCAGCCCCUUUCAUAUUCUUAGCUAGUUUUCCUUGUUGGAUAUGACUCACUCUUUUGGAAAGGUGCCUGCUUUGCAGCAGUUUGGCCGAUAUUAAAUUAAGGGUGCUCUGUGCUUUGUGUCUUGGAGAACUUCAGGUGUGUGUGGAUUAAAAUCAGGCAGGAGUAAUCUCAUCCCAGAGGGACUUGAGUUGAUCUUUUAUUCUGCUGAAUGAUAUUAUAACAGCUGAGGCAGCCCAGAAGUCGUUCUGGGUCACCUUUGUCAUUUGUGCAGUCAGUCCCUGUGUGAGUCUCGCCCUGCGUAGACAGACCUCGCCUCCUCUACGCACCCUUUCAAUUGUUUUAAGCAUCUGGUGAAAACCAAUGUGACUUCCCCCAAUCAGGGUUCAAGUAAGCAUCAUUUGAAUGGUAACAAAAUUAAUAUGAAAAAACAAUAAGUAAUAAUAUAUAUUUUUUCUUUUUGUUCACAUUCGACUGUUGGUCAGUGUGUACGUAUGUGUGUGCUUGGUGUUCUUGUGUUGGGUUGAUUUCUUUACAACAAUGUGAUAAGAAUCUCCUUCUGUUUUUGAAAAACUUUAUGUAAAUAUUGUUGGUGAAAAUUAACAUGUGUUGUAUGCCGAGUUUGUUUUCAUUUGUCACUUGAGCUGAUGAAGAAAACAAUGAUAUUCAUGAUAACAGUGGUGAUGUUGGUGAUGCUGAAUCUGAUUAUACCUGCCCUUCUUGAAUAAGGGCUUUUGAUGUCUGCUUUGUUGGAGGUGUUGUGAGGUCGGGGCAAGAGAAACAAAGGGAAAGAGUGAUACCCACCACAUCCUGGGCCCACUGUAGCGACACUGCCACAUGCCUUCAUACCCUUGACCUACCCACGCUACCCACUCCGCCCCCAACACACAUACAGACACACACAUACAGACACACACACUUAAAGGAAAUAGACAACCUACCCUGUGUUAUUUAUGCCAUAAAUCGUCUACGUGUUUUUAUUUCAAACAGACUGGUUUGUAAGGGAAGGAGUAAGGGAACCGUUCACGUCUGUGUGGAGUCACUCUUCCCCGGUCGCUUGGCAUCACAUCUCACCCGGUCUGCUUAUAGGCUUGGGGAUUUACUGUAAUGCCAUUGUGUUAGACGGGAUUGGCCCCGUGCUGACACUGAUGAUGCCCUCCAUUGAAUUUGGAGUCAUUAUUGCUCUGCUGGAGGCCAGACAUGGGGAUGGGCAUGUAUGGAGGGAGGGAGCGGAAUUCUAGCGGAAGGAAGUUCACCAUCCGUCUGAUCCCGUAAAGUCAAUUUGCAUGCUUGUGAUUUUUAUUUGGGGUUAGACUCCUGAUCAAGCACAACUGACUGCCGUGGACUUGCCACAUAAAAGUCCCGUCUAUUGCUUGGAAUAUUUGUAAGAAAUCUCAAGUUGCUGCAAGAAAAAUACAGGAUUAGUGCAAGAGCCAAACUAUAAACCACUAUAUGCCAUUCAUCGUGGAAAUGAGGGGUUUCCAUCGUCAAAUACAGUAAGGCAGAAUAACAUUGAUCUUUCCCAAUGCCCAAAAUACGCACACGUGCAGUAUAUUCAGUCCACUGCUGCAUCUCAAAUGUAAAAAAAAAAUGCACCGGGGCUGCAGUUCAGUUAUUUUCGCUGCAGGUGUCUGUAAUCCCAUCUCGCUAUUUUCAAUAUGCCAUAGCCCUGUGAAUCUGGCUGGGCCUGCAUACAGUCCAGGGAGGGAGCUGAUCAUUUUCAUAUUACUUUUAGGACUGUCCCGGCCACAGACAUGAUACAGUACCGCAGAUACUCCCAGCAGCCGUCUGCAGGAAGGACAGUGGAUACUGUCCUGCCUUCAUUUGUAAUACCAUCCUUCAGAGGGAGUCUCACGGGGACUCAGAAAAUACACACACACACACACACACACACAAUCAGAAACAUUUAUCGAUGUCUGCCAUUGAUCGAUGCACUGAAACUAAAUUCUGAAUAUGUUCCCCCAAAUCCUUCAGAAUACUUUCUUUUCUUGCUGGUUGUAAAUAGACUUUGUGAAUCCGUUAGAGCAGCCUCUAACUCCUGCCAUAAUGUGGAUAUUUUUGAUCAGGUAGGUAAUAAGCAAUACACUGAAUUGAUCUAAAUGCCAUACUUUGAAAUAUUACUUACCAAGUCUGAUUGUGACUCCUUUGCAUUAAGGGAUGUCGAGGGUAGCACUCCUGUUUCUCCACCUCCUCUCUCAAACGGCUUGUGGCCCACCUCUUCAACAAAGAGUGCUUUAACUCUAAAACACACAAUUGUGAUGUGUACAAUCUAAUUUAAUGUAUUUAUUUAUGUAUUUUUGCCAACUUUGUAUAGUGUAUAAAUAUCUAUAAAUAUAUGAACAAUGACAGUACUGUAUAGAUUUUAGCUGCCUGGUAAGGUUAAUAGUAUAUACUUGGUAGACUAAAAGAAAAAGCGUAGAGCUGUUCAAAAGCCAGUUAUUGAGAAGAUGCUUUCUGUAAAACCUGGUGCCACUGGCUCUUUUUAUAUUCUAGGUUUCGUUUCGGUUUUGUUUCUUUUGUUUUUUAUUCAAGCCAGUGGGAUCCAAAGUGUGUGUUGUUCUUCUUUUUGUCCGUUUCUUUGUCAAUCGGUUUGUUUGUUGUUAUUUCUUGACAAAAGACACAGUGAGGUUCUGGCAGCCGGGAGAGUGCAGUGGAACGCAGACUGGGACCCUGUGCAGUAGUGUGUGUGUGUGUGUGUGUGUGUGUGUGUGUGUAUGUGUGUGUGUGCGUGUGUGUGUGUGUGUGUUAGGUGUGUGUCCGUCCAUAGUAGUGCUAGUGCUCUCUGUGCAGUGCCUCCUCCCUCCUCCCUCCUCCCUCCGAAGUAGUUUGUCAUGUGACGCAGUACGUGUUAAGGUGUAAGAUGGUGUUUUUUUGCUGAAGCUGGCAGAUGCCCUUUCUCUUUCUCUCUCUCUCCCUCUCUCUCUCUCUCUCUUCUAUGUGUGUGUGUGUGUGUGUGUUUGUGUGUGUGUGUUGCUCCUCAUGUAUACUCUGCUUCUUCAUUACAAAGCUUCAUUUUAAUCCUCCACCGAGUAUAGAUUUCCACUUCCUCUGCUCAAUUGUUCAUUUACCUUCCCCGUUCAGCUGGUACCUUCACCUUCCAGUCUAAUUUCCCAGUAAUCCAUGCUUCCUCAUCUAUCUGUGAUUCUUUGUCCAUUAGUAACUCUCAUCCAUCACCCACCACAUUACUGUGGAGCUGGUUUAUCUACAGACCUCUGUGGACCAGAGAAAGAUUUAGCACCAAAAAAAGAGGGGAUCCAUGCAACUCAUCCCAGUCAUAUCUCCAUGGUUUCCUUGUUUCUCUGUACAAACUCUGAGGAGAUGGGCAGCUGUCAGCUCAGCACACAAAGACAUAAAGCAGCCAUAUUCAGAAGUCAAGCACAGACCUGUGACUCAAAUCUAUGUUGUGGUGGCUUCACUGCUGCCCUGUUUGUAGCAUGAGAAAAGCCUUAAAGAUUGGACCGACUACACAAAAAAGUAUGUGCAUUUGCAGUGGACUAUUAUUACCUUCCCUUUCCCACACCAGAUUUAUUACUCAGUAUUCCAAUGUGUUGCUUGGUUGCUCUGUAUAUAUCUGUGUAGUACUUCUGUUGAUGUCCUCGUAUUAGGAUAGUAAUGGGUUCUUACUGGGUGUCCUCCGCAGACGUCCUCUUCCUCCUGCCUCGUCUCAUUUCCUCCAAAACUUCAAACAUUCCAUUUGAAUCUCAAGUGGGCAACAUUUUAAAGAUGAUUAGACAGCAGAAGGACUGAACCACAGACAUUUCCACUGGAGCCAUGACAAUAAUCCAAAAGUUUUGUCUUUGCUCACGUCCCUCUGAGAACCGCAAAAACCGGCAACUGAUAGAACACCUAGCAUUGAGACCCUCACACGCGCCCCUUUGCUCCUCCGAACCCACCUCCGCGCUGGCUUCACCUGGCUCUGGGAGGUUCCCGGGUCACCGACUGGUUUGAGGAGCGACUGGCCUCCCAGGGGGAAUAGAAGGGUGAGGCAGAUGAGGAGGUGGGAGAGCCCCAGGAGGCAGCAGAGAGGCGCGGUCCUGUGGGUCACGUCCUGGGUCCGGAGGGAAGGGAGGGCGUCUCGAGGUCAAACUCAGUAGCACUUUAGUUUUGCGUUCCAUGUUUUUUUUAGCCUCUCCUGUUUUUUGGCCGAGCGGACUGUGAUCUUACUGGUUGAUUUUCUCAUUCUCCUCCACCCAUCAGUGUUACAGAGUGUGUUGGGUGGACGGAGCCAUGGAGCUGAGCUCUGAUUUUGUUCCAUAUUAAAAAAUAAUUUUUACUA